UUGUGUGAUGAAGUUCAGAUGCGCGCCGUUGUUCCGUACGCGCGUCACCGGCGCACAGAGGAGCUUCCCGACGCGAGGGGAGGCUGGAGAGAUGUGUGGAUCACGACCAUGGGAGGCUCUGAAUAUGUUAUUACACCCCGCUAAUUGACGCUCUUUUUUGUUUGAGUACUAGCCCAGCUGCUCUGGAUUCAGAGAUUCUCAAUCUCCCGGUGUGGACCGUAAACCUCGGCUCGGUUCCUCGCGGUUAUGCUGUAGUUUCCUCGGACGAGGCUUUGUGCAUUUUUUUCCUCUCUCUUUUUUUUGAUCCAGUGAUCCAGGAAAUGUUGGCAUGGCCGCCUCGGGAGCACAGAAGUGUCCGAAGAGUGAGAAGUUGGACGAGGCGCAGGCUUUGGCCAAGAGCUGCGCGGGGAGACCAGACUUCCUGCCUUGUGAUGGACUCUCCAUCUGCGCUACGCACAGCCACGGGAAGUGCUUCAAGCUGCACUGGUGCUGUCACUUGGGCUGGUGUCACUGUAAAUAUGUCUACCAACCCAUGACCAAUGUGUGCCAGCUGCCUAGCACAACUGUGCCACCUGUCGGCUCUGAGUACAGUAACACCAUCGACCUGUCUGUGUCUCUGGCUGAGCGCUUCCUGAAACUUGCCCCUUGCUUCCAGUCCCCGCCUCACUUGGAGUCACCUAAAUACUGUGUCAUCGCAGACCUGUUUGUGGACGACUACAUUGUGAAACGCAUCAGCGGGAAGAUGUGCUACGUGCAGCGCCCCCCGCCUCCCUUACCAGAACCGCCUCAUCCUUCCACCCCUCCCCCACCUGCCCCAGCUACACCGCAGAUGCCCCAAAAUCCCGCUCAGCCUCGGCAACCUGUCAAACCCACCCUGGCAUCUCAACACACACCGGCACCUGCACCUGUGCAGCUCCCCCAGCAGGUGUACAGUGAACACAAACACCCCUCUCCUGUGGAUAAGAUAAAAGGUCCCAAAAUGGACCACUGCUCCUCUCCGUCCAGCUCCGAGGACUCCGGCAUCAAUGCGCUGGGCCUGCACUACCUGGAGUCCUGCGAGGAGGAGAGUGAGGAAGAGGACGAUGACGAGUUGAGCACAGAUGGAAACUCCAGCCCCGGCAGCCUCUGGGAUCAAGACGACUGUUCUGUGCUUUCUCCCUCCAAGUCUAUGAUAGAGAUCAUUGAAAAGAUCGAAACAACUGUGUAACUGUCACGACACUGAAGUGGACACCAGCUGAGAGGGAGCGUGAUUUACAGUGCGAAGUCAUAUUAAUGAGAAUAACAGUCGAGGAUUUAUUUUCCAUGGACCAGUAGAAAACAAAACCCCUCUCUAACGCUGCUUUCCCGGGUUGUUUUGAGUUGAACUGAUUUAACCUGCAGGUGGUCGAGGACUGUAUGUCUGCGCUCACACACAGCCUCCCCUCUGUCCACAUCCCCUGCAUGGAGUGAUUUUCUAGAACCUAUUACAAUAAAGGAGAAAAAGGAAGCACAAGAAUAUCAAGCACAUGCAAAGUGGAUCAAAUAGACCUCUUGUACAUGGUAAUUAUAAAAUCUGAAAAUACAAAACAAAAGAAAAGAAAAUACAAAAGAAUCUCUGAGAAUUUCUCUCUUACUGGAGCUAAAUUAUAGGUCCAGUAAUAUAUACCUUCCAGAGAGAAAUGAACAGAGGUGGUAUAAGUAGAUUUCAUGAUGAUAAUAAGCAGUUUAGUAAUUCUUAGUAUUCUGGCAGUCAGACUUAAUUCUAAUUCAGCGUUCAAGUGGCAGAUAAGCUUGCCAUUUCUUGUUCUCUGGUCAGUGGCUCCACCCACACACGUUAGCAAUUCUGACACUUCAGCAUAACAACCAUAAGGCCAGCUACCUCUCAUGGGCCUAAAGCACAUCAGCCUUUUAACCCGUUAAUUACUAAGCACCGAGCUGAUGGGACAACCCUGAUUUUGUCGCAUUAACAAAAAAAAUAAAGAUAAAAAUGCCGGCCCACAGUUUGUCUGCACUUUACUGACACCAACACGAGCAGUAGUUAGGUAGGUCAGUGUUCGACAAUCAAGGAUUACACAGAAGCACAUUCCUAUAAUGUACCUGCCAGCGAGGACCAAGGAUACACUUGUACCUUCUUAAACCAUUUAACAGGCAUUAACACAUUGUUCUGACCACCUUUUUUCUGGUCAUGCCGAACUGAACUGAAGUGCUGUUCAAGGUUAAAUGGGGCUUUAGAAGCAAAACAUGACUUUUAUUGACCUCUAUUAGCAGCCAAGAAAUUAAAUAGCAUGGACGUGUCUCUGGUCUGAGUCGUGCCAUCACAGCAGAGACUAGUAAGACACCUAGCGAAGAGGGAAUAUAUCUAAUAUAAACAUAUAAACUUAUAAGUUAAUGAAACUGCAUUGUUAUUUGCUUUCUGGGCUUGAGAGUGAAAUGUCUUGUGAUGCUGGCUGAAAGGAGUCUGGGAAAGGUGUUCAGACUAGGUUAGACUUUAUGUCACAGUUAUUUUAUGCUAUGGGGCAGGAAUAUUCACUUAAUGCACCUUUAAAAGAAGAUUACAGUAGGUAUGGAAUAGGAUGCAGAAUAGGUGUUUUGAUGUUGUGAUGGACAAAAUGUUAUAAGAAAUACACUUAAAUAUGAAAUUAGCAAGAGCCCAUUAUUAGUCAGUUAGUAAAAUGAAGCUGGGCUGCGUCUCCUUUUUUUUGGUUAUUAUUAUUAUUAUUAUUUAUUAUUUCCUGGAGAAUUAGUAGCAAAAAUCACUCAGAUGUUCACAUAUAUGUAUUGCUACAAUGCUGCAAGCACUAGAUGUAAUAAAAAAAAAAGUCAUUUUGCAUGACUGCAUUCAUUUGCAGAAGUCCCGCAUAUCAAAAAAUCAGUUUAACAAAUUUCUGAUUCAGUGUUCAACGAGCACAGAUCCUGUAUCUGUUCAAAUUCGAAUAUUUUUAUUUCUUUUUUUUUUUUAUUCAGGGUCAGUCCUUGACAUAACACUUAACACAGUCCCCCUGAAUGCAGUUCAAAACAUGUCAUAUGUUCUUAUUAUUGUUAUAUUAUUUUCAUAUGAAUAAAUCUUAAUGCAA